AUGGCUACUUCAUUCAACAUGAUUAAGGAUCUUGAUAUUGCUGUUGCUAAUCAAGUUUGGCGUAUCAAAGUGCGUGUCAUCAAAAUAUGGUCUAUUAAUUUAAGCGAAGAGAAGUUCAGGAGACCUAACUUAGAGAUGGUUGUUAUGGAUGAAUUAGGUGAUCGGAUACAAUGUUCUGUAAGGAAUCCUUUGAGGAGAUUAUUUGAGCAGGAGUUAGUUGAGGGCAAUGUGUACUCUGUUGCUAACUUCUCUAUUGAACUUAAUGAUCAAAAGUACAAGCCAACCAAUCAUACUCUGCGUGUGUUCUUUAAAAGGGAAUCUCAAAUUCGUGUGUUAGUCGAUAUUAAUUUCCCAAACAAUAUUUUUCACUUUGUGCCCAAUGAAAUGAUACUUAAUCAUGAUAAUCCUCAGUCUCACUUGAUAGAUGUUAUUGGGUUGUUGACUGGAAAGGGUGAUAUAAUAGAGUUCAGUAAGAAUGGAAAGAAGUCCAUAUACAUGGUUAUUGAGCUUGAUGACAUGCAAUCUAAGGGUAAGAUAAGGUGUACAUUGUGGGAGGAGUUUGCUACUCAACUGGUGAAGCAUAUGGAGCAGUACCCUAAUACUGAGUUCAUUAUUAUUGUGCAGUUUGCCAAAUUUAACCUGUUCAAGGGAACCAUGGGCAUAUCUAAUACAAACUACAACUCUACCUUAUACAUUAACGCUGAUCUUAAAGAAGUUAAGGAAUUUAGACAAAGGUUUAUCAUGGGUAAUGACAAGCCAUCUAACCAGCUUUCUCAAAUUGCAUCUGAUUCAUUGAUUUCCCUUGAGCAAGAUCUUAUUAACCAUACUCCUUACAAGUCUAUAAGCGAACUUAAGGAGAGCACUGAGGGUGGAAUAUUUGUUACCAUUGGAACUGUGAUUUCUAUUGACACUAGACUAGGUUGGUGGUACAAAGGGUGCAAGAUGUGUUUUCAUUCACUUAAAGAAGAUGAGAAUUCAUAUUAUUGCCAUGAAUGUGAUAUUUAUCCUAAUACUCAUGUUCCUCGUUUCUGCAUUCAAAUGAGAGUAUCAGAUGAGACAGACUCUGCUUCAUUUAUUGUUUAUGACAAGGAAGCCUCCAAAUUUCUUGAGAUAUCUGCUUCUGAGCUUCGUUUGAGACAGAUAUCAAAGGGUUGCGGCAAGGAUGAAUUUCCCGUUGAGAUUAAUUCAUUUAGGGGUAAGAAGUUUCUAUUCAAGAUUUCUGUGAAGCUUGAUGAUAUCAAUGCUUUCCAGCCAUGCAAGAUUACUGUUUUGAAGUUGACUGAAGAUCCAAAUCUGCUCACUUCUUUUUCUUCCAAGUACAAGACAUUUGAUAACACCCCAAUCGAAAAUACUGAGUUGCAGAGUUUGCAAACUGAUUCUACUGAUAAUUCUAAGGAGAUUAGUUCACAGUCUUGCGAAAUUAUUUCUCUUGAUGGCAAUGAUGACUUUGUAACUCCUAAGAGAGGUAUGAUAGCUGGUGUAACGGCAAAAAAUUUGCUGGACAUUUUCCCGGAUAAUGCCACUACUUCAUCAUCCAAAUGCCGGAAGCUCUCCAAGGAGUCUGAUUUUGUUGAUGUAUUCGAUGACAUUAAUUUAGAAAGUGAUUACUCUAUUGAUUUUCAAGACGACAAUGUCAUUGAUGAAAGUGCGACUGCAUACGAGAUUGACAGCUUAGUUAUUGAUGAAGAAGCUUUUUGGGAUGCGGGUGAUCCUUCUCAUACAUGUAUAUAUUGCAAAGCUUUGAUGUGGGAUCAUGAGAGACUUUCAAAGAGUAUCAAUAGUGUCACUCCUCAUUUUGGUUUGUGCUGUAUGGAUGGCAAAGUUGAGUUGCCCCUAAUGAAACAGGCCCCAGAUAAUCUAAAAGCAUUGUAUUUUUUGGACGAUGAAAUGGGCCGAUACUUUCGAAAAAACAUAAGGGCAUUUAAUGCAAUGUUUUCAUUCACAUCAAUGGCUGGCAAGAUUAACCAUAAAAUUAACAAUGGUUCCGGUCCGCCGUCAUUUAUUUUGAGUGGCCAGAACUAUCACUCAAUCGGAAGUCUUAUUCCACAAGCAAAUGAAAAACCAAGAUUUGCACAGCUCUACAUUUAUGAUACGGACAACGAGAUUCAUAACAGCAUUAGUGCUGUUCUCCCAGUAAGUUCGGUGGGUAAUCUUGAACAUGAUAUAGUUUGUAUGCUGAAAAAUAUGCUAGAUGAGCAUAAUCCUUUGGCACAGUCGUUCCGUUAUGCUCGGGAUAGAUUCACCGAGUCACAUUCUCUUGAUAUGAAGUUAAAACUGAUUAGGCGUAGGGAAAAAGAUGGUCGGCGAUACAACUUGCCUACUGCAUCAGAAGUUGCAGCAUUGGUAGUUGGUGACAUUGAUGAUUCUUUAUUGGACAGAGAUAUCAUAUUGGAAACCAAAUCAAAACAACUAAAGAAGAUUGAUGUUAUCCAUCCAUUGUAUUUGGCUUUGCAGUAUCCUCUUAUUUUUCCAUACGGUGAGGAUGGAUAUAGAACAGGCAUCUUAGCAGCUUCUCGAUACAACGUUGACGGUUCAAAGAAGAGGAAUACAAUAAGCAUGAGGGAAUUCUUUGCAUUUCGACUGCAAAUGAGGUCAUCUGAGUCACCAAUUCUGCUUAACUCCCGUAGGUUGUUCCAACAGUUCUUGGUUGAUGCAUAUACUAUGGUAGAGUCUGAGCGUCUUAGUUUUCUUCGUUUCAACCAACCAAAGUUGAGGGUUGAAAAGUACAAGUUAUUGCAUGAGUCUUUAGUUAGAGGUGAAGCAGAUGCUGUUUCAAGUGGUCAAAGAAUAAUUCUCCCAAGCACUUUUACGGGUGGACCUAGAUACAUGUUUAAUAAUUGCAAGGAUGCAUUUGCUCUUUGCAAGCAUUUUGGUUAUCCAAGUUUUUUAGUCACCAUCACAUGCAAUCCUGAAUGGGAUGAGAUAAAGCGCUUAUUAAUUGGUACUGGCCUUAAAGCAGAAGAUCGUCCUGAUAUUACAUCAAGAGUCUUUAAGAUUAAGCUAAACAACUUAAUCAGAGAUUUUAAGUAUGGUGAUAUUUUUGAAAAGAUUUCUGGAUAUGUAUGCACUAUUGAAUUUCAGAAGAGGGGUCUUCCUCAUGCUCAUAUUUUGUUGUUCAUGCAUCCUCUUUCAAAACCUAGGUCUCCUGAUGAUAUAGAUAAGUUAAUAUCGGCACAAAUACCCGAUAAACGUCGAAGGCCUAAGUUAUAUGCUGCUGUUGAGAAAUUCAUGGUUCAUGGUCCAUGUGGCAAGUAUAACAAGAAUAGUCCUUGCAUGGUAAAUGGUUUGUGCUCCAAAUAUUUUCCCAAACAAUUUAGACAACGUACUGUUGUUGAUGAAGCUGGGUUCCCAAAGUAUUGUAGGCCAAAAAAUGGUCGCACCAUAAUAAAAAAGGGUGCAACUCUUGAUAACUCUUUUAUUGUCCCGUACAACCCAACUUUGUUAUUAAGGUAUGGUUGUCACAUUAAUGUUGAGCAUACUUGCCAAACUUCUGCCAUCAAAUAUUUAUUCAAGUAUGUUCACAAAGGAAAUGAUCGUGUUACUGCUUCAUUCUACCAGACAUCAGUUAAUGGUAAUGCUCCUCCUAUUGUGGAUGAGAUUAACAACUAUUAUGAUUGUAGAUACAUUUCUGCAUGUGAAGCUGCUUGGAGAUUAUAUGGUUAUGAUAUUCAAGUUAAGGAGCCUGCUGUUAUCAGACUUCCAUUUCACCUACCAGAUGAGAAUCCUGUUAUUUUCAAGGAAUACGAGGGUAUUCAGGAUGUCCUUAGUCGUGUUGAUGCGAAGUUCACUAAAUUACAAGCAUGGUUUGUUGUGAAUAAAUAUUUUCCAUUGGCUAGGUCAUUGACCUAUUGUGAGUUUCCACAGAAAUUUGUAUGGAAGGACGAUAUUUCAAUGUGGAUUCCAAGGAAACAAGGUUAUUCUAUUGGUAGGUUGACACAUGUUCCUAGAGGUAAUGGCGAGGAUUAUUAUCUUAGACUUCUUCUCAACAUUCAGAAAGGUUGCACCAGUUUUGAGGAAAUACGCACUGUUGAUGGUGUUACACACAACACUUUCAAAGAAGCAUGCUAUGCACUAGGUCUCUUGCAAGACGACAAAGAAUUUAUUGAUGCUAUUCUUGAAGCAAGUACUUGGGCUUCAGCCAACUAUGUUCGUGACCUUUUUGUCAUGCUUCUGAUAUCAAACAACAUAGCAUGUCCAGAUUUUGUCUUAGAAAGAUGCUACAAAGAAUUAUCUGAGGAUAUUUUAUUUGAGCAAAGAAGAAUUCAUCAUGUUCAAGAUCUUCAUUUGUCUGACGAGCAUAUCAUGAACUUGACCCUUGCAAAAAUUGAAGACAAGAUGCAAGCUAAUGGAAGGUCUCUUAAAGAGUUUCCAGCGAUGCCCUACCCAUCAUUAGAUCUUUUUCAUGGUUUAGAAGAUCGCUUAUUGUUGGACGAGGUUAAUUUUGAUCGUUCUUUGCUUAAGCAGCAAUAUAUGCAAUCUCUAAAGACCAUGACAGAUGAGCAACGAUCUGCAUUUGACACCAUUGUUGAUUCCGUAAACAAUGAUCGCGGCGGAUUUUUCUUUCUAUAUGGUUAUGGUGGUACUGGCAAGACGUUCAUCUGGAAUACUCUUUCUGCUUAUCUUAGAUGUGGUGGGAACAUUGUUCUUAAUGUUGCUUCAAGUGGCAUUGCUUCUUUACUACUUCCUAAUGGUCGUACUGCUCACUCAAGAUUUAAAAUACCAUUAAGCAUCAAUGAGGACUCGAUAUGCAACAUAAAGCCGGGAACACCUCUUUGUAAACUUAUUUGUAAAGCAAAGCUUAUUAUAUGGGAUGAGGCACCAAUGUUAAGUAAGUAUUGUUACGAAGCUCUUGACAAGUCUCUAAAAGACAUCCUUCGCUUUCAGCCAUCGUUUAAUCCAAACCUUCCAUUUGGUGGCAAAGUUGUUGUACUUGGCGGAGACUUCAGGCAGAUUCUUCCAGUAAUACCUAUGGGUUCACGGCAAGAUAUUGUGCAAGCAUGCAUUAGUUCAUCUUAUCUAUGA